CAAAACAAAAUGGUUUUCGCGGCCCACCACUACCAUAGAACGCAAGCUGUGUAUAUGCCGUGCUUGUGGCUGGCAUAUCCGCAAUGCAGGCGUCGUCUAUGUAAUACCAGUUUGUAGUGAGUGCGGUCGCGUUUCUCGCUGCUCGAAACCAUACGCGCCGAGUCUCGAGCGUCAUCGCCAAAGGGUUUCUUGCGUUUCGGAUGGAUGCUACCCCUCCCCACCUCCGCCACUCGAUGCUUUUUCAAUCUCGAUUGUUUAUUGCUAGCCUAUAAAAACCCAUUGAAGCAGGGCCCCACGAAUAACGAACUCAUUAUCUGAGGAGCGCUCGAAAAUAACUCGCUUGCGCCUGUAAGGUGACCUUCGGAGCUUGAUCGUAUGAAACAAAUGCAUCAGAAACAUCUAGCAGAAGAGACUCAUCACAACAAUUUGCAGUUACAUCAUGGAAGUACAACUAAUAACUAACAAUAGCUUAAUAGCAGCCUGCUGACAAUGUGAAAACAUUCAACUACUCAACACAUUAUGCCAACAUGCUUAAGGCAAUCAUUGAAUGCAUCAAACAAUCACAGAAGAAGCUGUGGAAGAAUUGAGACCUAACCUGCAUCAUGUAUAACAACACCAUGUCUGACUCUGACUCAGAGUCAUCUGAGGAGCACUCAAGCUCAGAGUGCUCUACAGAUUCUUCUGAUGAUGACAAACUGGAGAUGGUCAAGCUCAACAACAACCAGGUCCUGCUGCCACAAGGCUUAUGUGAGAAGAAAGACAUUUUCAAUGAGUUCUUUGCAAGGAGCUGGAGUGCACUUGGGGAAUCAAACCAGAAGCACUUGAGGCAAUUUCUGCCCAAGUUUCCUGAGGGAAAUGAGGAGCAGGAGCAGAACAUCACUCUGCAGAAAUUAUUCAAAGGGGAGAACUUUAAAUUCUCUAGCCCUUUGGAUAAUUUUUAUGAACACUUGAAGGAUGGCCAUUAUAGACCAGAUAUUGCUAAAAUGAGAUAUUUAAUUCGAAAAGCAGAACGAAAAGAAAGCCUCUGGCGACAUAGAAAGUUUAAAGAACGUUUGCACGCUGAAAUAAUCGAGUCUCGAAAAAACUUAAUGCGUCAGAUGAGCAAUCUUCCCCCAGGAGUUGAACCACGAUUACCACGUCCCAGCACGACGAGCAGUAGUAAAGUACAGAAUCCGAUUUAUAAUCGAACGAAACGCAGGUAUUUUGAAGUAUUAGCAUCGAUAAAAUCGAAAGUAGACGAAAGCGGAUUCUCCUCGGAUGAUAAUUAUCCCGAAGGUGCACCAACUCCUGUCAGCCGCAAAGAUAAACGAGUUUUAAACACAAUUAAAAACUCGCAAGUCCUCAACGGCGAAAAAGUAAUUGUUUCAACAAUUGCUUCGAAAGCGGCUGGUUUCGAUCUGGAGAAGAAUGUAGAACCGAAUCACAAUCCAUACAUCAUCACAGAGAACUUCUAUCGGCAUUUGCUACAGGAGCAUCGCAAGCGUAAAUUUGAUACCGUAUCAAACGAGACAAAGGACUUGAAUGUUUCGGAUAUAAUUACACGUGCUAGAGUGAAUUAUAACAAACGCGAGAAACUGGUCAAGCCCGAGGUCGUCCAGAAACCAGUGAAGCGGAAAAUUAAGAAGGAAAUACCCGAGCGGGUGAGUUAUUCAUCCGAGAUGAACUUUUCGUCCGGAUCUGAUUCGGAUUCAAUCGCGACCGAAGUGUCUUUGCCUACUGUCGUACCUGCAAUACCACCGCAUCAGCCUCCUGUAAACAUGGCGCCUGCUACAGCACUUGUAAAUCCCAGUAAACCUCCCACACCAAAAUCAGAAGGCAAGAAAAAGAUCAAGACGGAACAUCGACUUUCUCCGAAACCAGUGCCUCAACUACCGACGCCGCCGCCACCAUUACCACCACCGACUAUCAUCAAACAAGAACCCUCCCCGCCUCCUCCUCCAGUGGUAAUUAAAAAAGAAGAAAUAAAAACCGAACCAAUUAAGACGGAAUAUAUUGCGCCAGCGACACUAUCGGAUUUGGAAGGCAUAGAUAUGAUGAAGUUACCGAUUGAUCUACAGGACUCUUCCAUUGACAUCAUGGAAAUUUCAACCAAAGUGGAACUAAUGCAAGAUACGCAUGCGAACUAUUUAGCACUCAUACGUGAUAUAAUCUGUUCAACGCCCGAGCAUCGAAUGGAUAUGCCCAUGCUGCAGGAUAAGUUGCGCGCGUGGCAGGCGAAUCCGAUCACAGCGUUGAACGACUGGUACUGUUUAGCGGACAACUGGCUCGUUGAUCUGCAAUCGGCUAUUAACUUUCUCAGCGGUAACUUUCCCGAACAGCCCGAUGAGUUUGUGCCGUAUAUUGAAUUCAAGCCGUCGCUGAAUAAAUACCAAUGGAUUGGCGCCGGUCGUGACUCUGAUAAUUUGUUAGCCCCGCUGUUUCAGUACUGGUUGGACCACAAGAGCGAAAUGAAGCCGGUUAUAUCAAUAAAAGAAAAGGAGGACGACAAGGAUGACAUUGACUUGGACUUGGAUAGAUCUCUAACACCUCCGCCGCCUCGUUGUCCCACAGAUUGGCAGGUGCGUAAAGCUGACGCGGAAGAAGUGAAAAUAUUCCGCGAGCAGGAACGUUUGCGCUACGAUAAUCCACAUAAAUCAUUUACGUAUCGCUGUAAUGGUUACGAGAGUGUUGUUGGUCCGCUGAAGGGUAUUUAUAGUCCGUCUUCGAGUAAUACCAAAGCGCGUGGACACACGAUGCUCAGCGCUGAUAGACCGAAUUUCGUCACGAUAUUAUCACUAGUCCGAGAUGCCACUGCAAGAUUACCGAAUGGCGAAGGUACUCGUGCGGAAAUCUGCGAAUUGCUCAAGUGCAGUCAAUAUAUUUCCAGCACAGCGCCUGAUAAUCUGCUGCAAUCGGUUGUCAGUGGUGCAUUGGAUAGAAUGCACACCCAGUAUGACCCAUGCGUCAAAUAUGAUCCAAAACGAAAGAUAUGGAUCUAUCUGCAUCGGAAUCGAUCCGAGCAAGAUUUUGAACGUAUACAUCAGCAAUAUCAAGGUAUGAAUAAGAGCAACAAGAAGAAAAAGUCCCCAGCUAAGCCAAAAACUCCCAAAGUUGAUAAAAAGAAUAACAACGCGGUUAAAAAUAAUAUUCUUACGCCUGCACCACCAGUGGAAGUCGAAAAACCUAUCAAAGAACCACCUAAACAAACAUCACUGUUGAUUAAUCAACAAAAUCAACAUAUUAACACUCAAUCGCUGCUGGUUAACAGUCCUGUUGUGAAGGUGGAAGAAAUAAAACAGGAAGUGAAACCGCCUACGCCAACACCUAUUGUGGAAGAGCUUUCACAAGAAGAUCGAGAGAUAACUCAAGCUCUACAGUCAAUCACGCAACCAAUGCAGACUCAAUCUCCUGUCCCGCAACUUCAUACAACACAAUCGCAAGUACACCAAGUCGUUCAGGUCGUACAACCGUCAGCGAUGCAGCAUAAGAUGCCAAAACAAGCCAACAAGAAGAGUCUCGUGAAAAUUAUCACGUCGAAUCAGGGCGCCAAAUCGUUAAUCAUUCCGUCGAGCGCUAACACGAUUAUCAAGCAAGACGGACGCAACGUCAUCACCACGUCAAAGGUGAACCAAACACCGAUUAUCACCCAACAACUAUUGCAGACGAUCGCGCAUCAAAAACAACUCAAUCAGCAGCAGCUCAUUCGUGUUGAGAUGCCUGAUAACAAAGACAAUAAGAAAACUAAUUUAUCAAUACAGCAGCAGAUCUUGCAGAGUAUAUCACCGCAACAAUUACCUAAUAUUAAAAAUGUAACAUUGUUGAGAAAUGUGCGGCAGAAUGAUGUGUCGCCAACGUCGGAUGGUAAAUUAGAUAGUCCAGAGAGUAAUCAUAUGCAGCAGACUCCUAUUCGUGUGCAACAAGGCACAUUAACACUAUCGCAACAACAGCAAUUGUUGCAAACGAUACGACAGAAAAGUUUAGCGCAAGUUACAGGGCAGCAGCAAGUGUUGAUACGGCAUAAAUCGCCGGUGAUUCAGAAGAGUGUACAGGCGGCUCCUGGAACUUCUUUGCUUGGUCAAGCACGAGUAGUGGCAGGAAAUAGAACUUCAUAUGUUAAUGCAACGAAUAAGACUAGUUUGAGUUCGAAUCAAGGACCAAUUGUCGCCAAAGUUCUAACAAACUCGGCGGGGCAAGUCAUUUCCGUUGAGAGUUUGUUAGCGCAUCAGAAACAACAUGGCGGCAUAUCUCAAGGUACAACAUUACGAGUUUCCGGAAUAAAAGGCGGUCCCAAUAUCAUUCAGUUGGGUUCCCCACAGAAUAAAACCUCUCAGGUUACUCAAGUUGUAGGCUCACAGAAUAAUUUUAUUACGUUGUCGAACCAACCGAAAUUGGUGUUAUCAUCGACAGCAACAACAAACGCCACUACGACGGUCACCGCGUCGAAACCCAUCACAAAAACCAUGACGAAAACUCAAUCGAUAGGCAAAUUUCCGCAGAAAGUAACGCAACAGAUAAUAAACGCAAAGUUUAUCGCGCAGAACGUAGACGGCCAGAAGUUGGUCCAACCUAAAGUGAUCAUCGGUCAGAAUCAGAUUAAACUGACGAAUAAGAAUGCCAAACCGAUUAGUAUACAAACAUCAGCCGCGAAUGCGAAUUCAAUACGAAUGGUAAACGCCGCCAACUUGAAUCUUGCACAUUUAGGCGGUAAGCCGUUACUGCUUGCAUCAAAAGGCAGUAGUUUGCAAAAUAUUCAAGGGCAGAAUGUUAUCAUUCAGUCCCAGGCCAAUACGAGUACGUCAAGUUUACUGGCGGUGUCGAAGAGCACUGCGAAUACAAGUGCGGUGAAUGUUAUUAGUCAAGGAGGCCAGCAGGUUGUGCUAGCUCCACAAUUGAAGGUACAACCUCAGGUUCUCCUCAGUUCGAAUGUGAAAAACUCGAAUCUGAUACAAAACCAAGGCACAUCGAAUCAAAUUAUUGUCGGUGGCCAUCCAGUGCGAUUGGCGAGCACUUCUGCUGGGAGUGGUGCACAGCGUGUUGUGCUGGCGAGUCAGGGACAAGGUGGGCAACUGCUAGCGCAGCAGAUUUUAUUGCCGGCUGGGUUUCAGGGCACAGCGAUUAAUAUUAAAUCGUUGCAGGGUGUAAAAGUUAUACCUAUUGCGCAACAAACUAAAGGCUUUCAAGGAAGGCAAGUCUUCGCAAGGGUAAUGAAUCCCUCAAGUAUUGUACGUACGGCGACUGUAUCAGCCGCCGACGUUCAACAGACGACUCCUACGAGCGAAUAAAUUUUUAAUUUAUUAUUACUCUCAUCAUCAAACCAUCCUAUGAUAAAUAGAUAAAUUUAACACAUUUGUAAAUAUGCAUUUGAAAAUAUAAUAAAGUAACAUAUGUAUACUUAAUACACAUAAA